AUGUUAUGUUCAGAUCUUGCUACACAUUACGGGUUAAAGCCAACACGUAAUAUAUGUAUUGAGGAAUCUGUUGGUAUUUUCUUGAUGACUUUAGCACAUGGGUGUGGGAAUAGGUUAAUUCAAGAAACCUUUAAUCAUUCUGGAGAGAUCAUUCAUAGGCAUUUUCAUGCUGUUUUGAAAGCGGUGCUUAAGUUAAGUGCGGACAUCAUAAAGCCAAAUGCAAAAUACAAUAAAGAUGUACCUGCACAUAUUUUAAAUAACUCUCGUUAUUAUCCAAUGUUCAAGGAUUGUAUUGGUGCUAACGAUGGGACACACGUAAGGGCAUCGGUUCGAGAGCAUGAGCAAGCAAAAUUCAUUGGUAGGAAAGGAUAUGCGACGCAAAAUAUUAUGGCAGUUUGUGAUUUUAAUAUGUGUUUUAUGUUUGCAUGGGCUGGAUGGGAGGGAACUGCACAUGAUACACGUAUAUUCUUUGAAGCCUUACGCAGAACUGAACUUAAAUUUCCACAUUCAAUCGGUGAUAAGUAUUAUGUUGUUGAUGCCGGAUAUCCAAAUACUAAAGGUUAUCUUUCCCCAUACAAAGGAACAAAUAUUCGUUAUCACAUACUUGAUUUUCGUCGUGGACAAACUGCAGCAAUACGUGCUCCCAAACGAGCAAAAGAGACAUUUAAUUAUUAUCACUCAUCACUGAGGAAUGUUAUUGAACGAACUUUUGGAGUAUGGAAAGCUAUGUGGCAAAUACUAAAAGAUAUGCAUGUCAAUUACACCUAUGAGACACAAGUAAAUAUUGUGCUAGCGUCGAUGGCAAUUCACAAUUAUAUUAGAAUGAAUGGAAGUUUUGAUGAAGCAUUUGACUUGGCGCAACAAGAAUCAUACAACCCUCAUAUUGAUGUUGAUGAUGAAGGAUGUGGUAGCAACAAUGAACCACAUGAAAACACAAGUUCUYGUCGUAGGAGUGACGAUCUAUAUAUGAGUGCUGUAAGAGAUAUGAUUGCAGGAGAUCUAAUAGGUAGAUCUAGAUGA